UUUGGUUUGCCAACAAAAAGAAGAAAGACUGUGUGUUUCCGGUCCCGCUUGCGAAGCAUGUGGAUGCUAACACCCUCAUUUCGAAUUUAUUUUGUCGCCUAAAUUCUUGUUUGAAAUUACACAUCGUCGACAACAUAAUGAGUACAUUAUGGAUGGGAAACCUGGAUGCCUAUAUGGACGAGAAGUUCAUCACCAGAGCCUUUUCUACCAUGGGCGAGCAGGCGGUCAGUGUUCGAAUCAUACGCAGCAAGGUGACAGGUCCAGCCUUAUCCACCAGUGCCCUGGGUUAUUGUUUUGUGGAGAUGGCAGAUGAGGCAACCGCUGAGAGAUGUCUUCGUAAAAUCAACGGCAAGCCGCUACCGGGAGCUAGCCCGCCGACAAGAUUCAAGUUAAACCGAGCCACCUUUGGGAAGCAAGAAAGCGGUCAGAUGUAUUCUUUGUUUGUGGGAGAUCUCACUCCAGAGGUAGACGAUGGGAUGCUGUACGAGUUCUUCUACAAUCGCUUCCCUUCCUGUCGGGGAGGAAAAGUAGUGCUGGACAGCCUGGGAAAUUCCAAGGGAUGCGGCUUUGUUCAGUUCCCAGACGAGCGCCUGCAGAAGCGAGCACUGGACGAGUGUCAGGGAGCUGUGGGACUGGGUGGUAAACCUCUGCGACUAAGCUUAGCAGCGAACAACUUAAGGAACAAACCUUUACAGCCUGAAACCAAAACCUGGCCAUCGAGUACCUCCUACACGCCAACCUACGACCAGUACAGCCAGUACCAACAGCAGGCGUAUCCCAACUACUACUCCUCCUGGGGCUACGACCAGACGGCGGCAGGGUACGGCUACAACUAUCAGCAGUAUGAUUACUCGCAGUACGCCCAAACGCAGGACUUGGAUAUGCAGGAUGAUGGCCUGGAAGAUCCGUCCGGAGAACUGGAUGUGCUGGAAACAAACAAGAGGUUCAUCGAGAGCAGUGAAGAACUAUUUGAUGCGCUGAUUGACUCUCAGUGGAAAUCGGAAGAGUUUUCAUCAGAACAAGAGACUGUGAUAGCAAGCAUACCGGAUCCCAUGACCUACUAAACCUGGAUGUAGUUGCUUCCUAACAGCCUGUUGAAGUUUUGAGUAUUUCCUUGAACAAAGGACAUUGGGCUAUUUGUUCAUAUUCAAGUAGAAGUUGUGGGGGCGGGCACACUAUUUUGAGUACAAAAUGAAAAAGUUUUUUUUUUUUUUUUUAAAGUCCUUGUGUGUGUGGUAUUAAAUGUUCAUCCAAGAGA